ACGUUUUGGAUGUGAAAGCCUUGUACUAUAUAAAUUCAAUUAAGGAGUGUUCUGACACAUAAACCGACUAACAACAAGACCAAUAUCUCUCUCCUCUCACCUUGAAGAAACACGUUCGCUCACUCAUUCACUGAGUUAGUUCUUACAGAAUUAAUUAAGAUGGCGAGAACACCUUUUUGUGACAAAAGUGGAAUGAGGAAAGGGACUUGGACAGCUGAGGAAGAUAGGAAACUAAUUGCUUAUGUAACUAGAUAUGGUUGCUGGAAUUGGCGGCAACUUCCUAAGUUUGCAGGUCUUUCAAGGUGUGGGAAGAGUUGUAGGUUGAGGUGGUUGAAUUAUCUAAGGCCUAAUAUCAAAAGAGGAAACUUCAUUCAACAAGAAGAGGAAUUGAUUAUCAGAAUGCAUAACCAACUGGGAAAUAGAUGGUCGGUCAUUGCGGCUGAAUUACCUGGAAGAACCGAUAACGAAGUAAAGAACCAUUGGCAUACUUCACUUAAGAAGAGAGUUCAACAUAUGAACACGGUCUCAAAUGAAAAAACCAUAGCCACCAAAUCUCCAGCUAGUUCCCAAAUCUCAGACAUCACAGGCCCAUUAUCUCCAUUUUCAUCAUCCAAUAAUGUAUCUUCCACAUCUGAAGAUGAUUUUGGUUUUCUAGAUGCGUUUAUAGAAUCCAUGGAUGAAAGUUUUUGGCUGGAUGAUCUUUCAAACACACCAAGUGGAAUAGUGCAAAACAAUAUUCAUGAUACAACCUCUAAUGAUGGUAUUUUAGUGUCUCACAAUCAUUCGUCCAAUGAAAGUUUUGCUCUUGAUAAUAACUUUAGCGGCUUUCUAGAUGCGUACACAGAAUCUACUGUUGAUAGUUUUUGGACGCACCCAUAUGAAGGUGACAUGUCACAUGUUCCAAGCCAACUUCUGGCACCUUUGCCGAUGGAAUCUGAAUAUUUUUCAAUAGUAUAUGAUGAAGAUAUAUGGAAUUGAAGUAAUUUGUAAGAUAAAUUAGACUAUUUUAAUCAAUAAAACUUCUCAUUUUCCGUCUGCUUAA